AUGAGGCCAAAACAAAAAAGGGCGUCCUGGCCCGGUGGAUCAUCAACUGGCCCCGUGUCGGGGGUUUUGGGGAACCCCCUGAGAAACCCCGGGCUAGGUUCGCACCGUCUCUCCAUCUCCAAGGUAGACCUGCCAGGUCGUCGACCCUUGGGAUUAAAGGGGGCCGAUGGCGCCCCUAAACCACCCCCCGGGGUAUCCAAAACGUGCCAGUCCGCCACGGGCCCCUCCCAGCGCAGGUGCUCUGGGGCUUUUGAGGAUGAGAUCCCUCACCUCCGCGACCCUAAAGACCUAAACCCGACCGCAGAAAGGUCCAUCGCGGGCCCCUCCGUCAGCAAGCAUGCCCCAAAGGGGCAUCCUCCGGGGGAAGGGCGGCGACAGGGCCUGGUGCCUCUCGGGCCCCCUUGGUGUUUUGGGCCCCCGCUUCUCGUAGCUGGUUUUUAG